AUGAGAACCGGACUGCAUUCUGAUGAAGUACCGCAUGGCCUGCGCUUGGCUGGAAUUACAACCGGAUACCGUCAGGGAGGCACCUACAGCGAGUGUCUCUGGACUCUUUUCACAUGGCACAACCAGACCUUGAAUAGCUGGACGAUGAUUCUAGGCUGGCUCGUGUCUUCCUGGCUGCUGGCUUGGACUCUGACUCGGCUGCAUCCUCGGGAGCUCGACUUGACUCCCUUCCUUGCGUUGUGGCUGUGCCCCACCGUCCACCUGCCUUUCACAGUGGGCUAUCACCAGUUCCUGUGUAUCAGUCCCACGGUGCUGCGCCGCUGGAGGGCUCUGGAUGUGGCCUUCAUAUUCAUCGCCUCCAUACCCCUCACAUACGGACUAUCGUACUUCGUCAUGCCCUUGCCGUACGCGUUGGGCUUAACGGCGGUAACGAUUGGGCUGUCUCUGCAUGCCUGGCACCACGCCGCCACACUGCCUGCGGGGGCGGAAAUCGACAAGAAGGCCAACACGCGCUACGUGGGUUACGUGGUCCUUGUCUACACCUUCCCCAUCCUGCUCCAAGCAGGUCGCGACAUGCAGCAAUUUAUACUGUACGACAAUAGUAACCCCGGAGCCAUGCACGAUUUGCCGUACACGUUCUGGUGCGCUGCCGCCAUUACGUUUUGCUUCCUGUUUGGGGGAGUAACCUACGUGGUGUCAUUUCCGGACAUUUACGCACCAGGUGUCUUUGACAUUGUGGGUGCCGCACAGCAGCUAAUGCAUCUGGCCAUUGCCGGUGCGCACGCCAUCGAGUGGCUGUUCGUGAUUCACAUGUACCAACGGACCCGUGGGUCAGUCGCGGUGGAAUCUUGA